AUGGCGCUCGGGGCAUGGGGCGUGACGACGUCCGAGCAGCUCGUCAAGGCGCUCAAGCGCCCGGACGGCGCAAAGGACGCGCUCCCGAACGGCGCACGGGCAACCAAGAUUGACAUUUUACGGACCGCCUGGCACGACCAGAGCCUGUACGUGCCCAAAAAGACCGACCUGCUCCUCGAUGUCGCCCUCGAGGCAGUGGUGCAGUCCAGCAAGGGCGCCAAGGACAAGGAAGCGUACUUUCUGGAGCCGGCGUACUGGGCCCUGCUCGCCGAGAUCCUCGGUGCGGAAAAGUGCGACCUGCACGCGCUCGCAGGCAAGUACCAGUUCCUGCCGCUCGCGACGCAGGUGCUCGGCGCGUGCAGCAGGCAAGUGUGGGACGCCGCCGCACCGGCGCUGCAGUUCCUCGUACCGGCCAGCAUCCGCAGGCACGGCGCGGGGCACAUUGACGGGGUCAAUGCCGCAUUUCUCGACGUAUUCAAGGCGAUCCCUCGCAUCUGUGGGCCGGAGCAGGUGCCGAUCACGACCGCAGUCCUCGAGAGCAUGCUCAAGUACUGGCUCCCUGCGCUUGAGCUCGGUACCAACGCGAAAAAGACGGCCAAGUUCUUUGUCCAGGAAUCCCUGCCGGCCUAUGCCGCGGCGUACACGCAUGCGAUUGCCUUGCCGAGCCCUGCGCUCGAAACGCUCCUCGCGCAAGUCUCGGCGUGCUCGCUUUUCGGCCCGGAGUCGCUCGCGAAUGCAAAGGAGAAGCACACGCUCCCGGAGAACCUCGAUACCCUCACCACGACGCUCGUCGGCCACCUCCAGGGCGAGGCGGCUAGCAAUGUGCUCCGUGCGCUUCCGUCGUUCCUCGCGCAGAUGGUGCAGUCCAUGCAGUAUGGGCGCGACUCGGGUGCGCUGCCGGGCGCGCAGCGCCAGGGCGUGCUGGAGCAGUACAUUGUGCCGGUAUGCACGGCGAUGCACCAAGGCCUCGCUCACGGCGGCACAUUUGCAGACGCUGCCGCAGCGACGCGCCUCGCCCUCGUUCAACAAAUCGAUGCACUGGCGCUCUACCAGCCUAGUGGCGACGACCGCGAAGUAUGGGCUGUGCUGUGGGCACAGCUUUGUACAGAUACCCUUGCCCACCUCGCGGCGCAUGCAGACAGCGCGCAAGUGAGCUUCGCGACGUUCUCGGCGCUGUGGCGCGUGCACAGUGAGAGCUUGGUCGGCGUCUUGGUGCCUAUGCUCGUCGCGACGACGCGCGUCGCGCCGGGCGACGCGUGGGACGAAGCCCACCUUUUUCUCGUGCAUGUCCUCGACCAGUAUGCGCAGCUGCGCGAGAUGCCGCAGCUCAUGGCGCGUGCACGCGACGUCGUACGCGAGGUGCGCGACGUCCCUGGCCUCGUGCAGAGCCCGUUCUUUCACCAGCGGACGACGUCGGUGUGGGAAGCACGGCUCAAGGACGCAACGUCGCACAACCAGGUCGUGCCGCUGCUUCAAGAGGCCCUGGAGGGUACAGAAGGCCUGCUCCAAGACGCAUCCGCUCAGGAAAGCACACUCCUCUGCACGUCGCACCUGCUGAUGCUGGCGGUCAAGAGCGUCGGAUUGGCGCAUUCCUCCGCCGAGCUUGCUCGCGUCCUCGACGCGAUCGCACAGCUGGCCGACCAGUGCAUCGCGCGUGGCCUUGAGAAGCAGCCGCUCGUCCUCGCGUCGGGCCUCCGCCUGCGUUUUGUCCUCCUGCGCCGCGCGCUGCGCACGGCACUUGCAUCUGGCGACGAGGCGCCGGCAGCACUCACGACGUAUCCAUCAUUGGACCGCAUCGGCGCUCUGUUUGCCAAGACCCAGGUCCCCGAGCUCCAGCUAGAAAUCUUUCGGGCUCUGCUCGGCGCGGCCGAGGCCGCUCAGGCGCACAAUGCGACGGACGACGUGGCGAAUGCACAGCUCGAGGCGAUCGUGCAAGGGCCGCUGCUUCCGGCCUUGCAGAUGCCGACAACCGGCGCUCGUCCACCGUGGGACGGCCAGAUCUUUGGCCUUGCGAGUCCUGCCUACCUCCCCGUCGCCUUGUGGCGCAUGAUCACGACGCGCUGGGCCGCUGUGCUCGACCGUACGACGCCCGAGCAGUUUGAGGCGCUCGCUCGGUUCCUGCAGGAUACGCUGCACGACGGCGCCGAGCCGAGCAUGCUUGCCGAGCUCAGCCGCAUGGCGCUUAGGAAUGCUCAGUUCCUCGAGCAGCCGCACUGGCGUGCAGCCGUGCUGGGCCAUGCGACCGCCGCGCUCGCGUGGAUCGACGUGACGAGCGAACCGUCCAAGGUGCCGAAAAAGGCCCUGAAGCCUACCAUGGCCUCGGUGCAGCUUCUCGCCUCGGUGCCGAUGGGCUACCUCGCCCGUGCAGGCAUCGAGUUGCUCUUUGGCAAGCUCGCAUGGCUCGAUGCGGCGCUGACCGUACAAAACGCAUCGGUCAGCGUAUGGACUUGGCUCAAAGAGCUUCUCGCUGCACUUGCGGUGACGGCCAACACGAUGCCCGAGCCCAUGCCGAUUACGUCGUACCUCGAGGCGCUGGGCAGCGUGCCUUGCACGGAGCCUUUGUUUGUCGAGCACAGCAUGGCCUAUGUCAAGGCCGUGCUGCGCCGCCAGACGGACAUUGCCUCUAUCCUGCCGGUGCUCAGCGCGCUCCACGACAAGCACGGGACAAUGGCGCAACACGUCAUGACGACGACCAUGGAAUGGCUCGCAGACGAUGCCGCCGAGCGCGUCGUAGCGCUCAGUGUCGACAUCUCGCUGGACGAUGCGAUGCCGUCGCUCUCUGACAUCCUCGCGCACGUCGGCGAUGCCGAUACGAGCCGCGUGAGUCUCCAGCUGCGUGCGUACGCAGCGCACGUCCGUCUGCAGCGCGCUCUCGCCGCGCCGCUCCCUAAUGCGUCGGAGAAUGCGAGCGAGAUUGUCACGGCUGUCGCCUCUUUGUGCCAGCGUUCGGAACGUACCUCGGCUGAGCCGCUUGCAAAUGCGCUCUUUGCGGCGCUCGUCGCGCUCCGGCCCGUGGUAUCUGGGCGCCCGUACGUCACGCUCGCGAUCGUCUUUGCGACGCUGCACGCGACACUCCAAGACACGGCGUCGCUCACGGCGCAGUUCAUCGCGGUCGCCACGCAGAUGGAAGGCGACGCGUAUGCAGAUACCCUUGAGGCGCUCGAAACGGCGCUCGUGCGAACGCACGAUGCGCACGACCGCGCGUCGCUCCUCGUUGUCCUCGCCCUCCUUUUGCAGCACGCGCCGAGCGGCACGAGCCGCAUCGCCAGUGUGCGAUUCUCCUCGCUGCUUGUCCAUCUGCCGCUCACCGUGCGCAGCUCGCCCGAGCUCGCGGCCGCGGCCGUGGCGCUGGUCGAGCGCGUAUGCAAUUACCGUGCCUUGAUCCUGCGCCCGCUCGACAUUCCACGCAUCUUGGCACUGCUCACUGUGCUGGUCGGCCCGAGUGCUGUGGAAGAGCAGGGAGGGUCGCCAGAAGCAAGUGCCAUCUUCCAGGGUGCCGUUGGCGUGCUACGCUCCAUCAUUCGUUUGCGCAAGGACCUGCUGAGCCCGUACUUACCGCAGCUGGCCGAGGUCUUGUGCCAGCUCCUGCCGCUCCUCGGCUCCCUCCUGCGUACCAAUGUCGGCCGUGCACAGCUGCGGCGCCUCGCGGCCGCGACACCGGCAUGGCUCGACGAGGCCACCGCGCCGCUGGGCGUCAACGAGGCGCGCUCGCUGAGCCGUCUCUUUGCGGAAAUUCCGGCCAAGACGACGUCCAUCGCGACGAUUGUCGCGCACAAGCGGCGGCGCACAGACGAUGGGCAUGCGAGCACCACCGAGUCGCUCGCGCGCUCCAUGUCGAAGCAUGCGGUCUAUAUCCUGGUCGCCUACGUACGCUGUGUAACGCAUGGCGUAACGACGAUCGCAACGCCGCUGCGUCAAGAGCUGCAGCCGGGCUUGUUUGCGCUCUGCGAUUUGGUCAGCAAGUACGAACGCGACGCUGUCCUCAAAGGCAUGCUCGAUGCAAGUGGCCAGGUCGUCUUCAAGGGGCUAUGGAGUGAAUGGGAGCGCCAGCGGUAUAAGGGUGCAUAA